AUGUCCCAGCCCCCUGAGGCCCUUGCCCUGCUUUCUCUGGGUCAAGUCAACGAGACAGAUCAGGUCCAGGAGUACGACGGGCCAAAACCCAGCUACCAAAGAGCCUUCCUCUCUCUGAAACCCUUCUAUUCGGAGAGCCAGAGCUUCCUGGGAAUCCGCAGGCUGGCAGAGGAGCUGCCCUGCAAUCAGGCCCACCAGCUCCAAGUGGAUUACAUCCUUGCCAGGGAGGCCCUGGGGACUGAGCUCCAGAGCGUGGACAUAGUCUGCCUGGAUGCCGCCCUGUCAAAGUCUUUCCCCUGCCUAACCGGCCCCCAUGGCCUAGCCUCAUUAGCUUGUGCUGGUUCCCCGAUCAACGGCAGUUCAGUGACUCCUCUGCAGAUCAUGGCCAAGGGAACCGUUGCCACGGUCCUCAGGAAAGAGCUGCACUUGCCGGUGGAGGCUGGGCUGAGAGGCUCCUUCUCCCUGGAGCUGCCUGUUGGGCUGCAAUUGGCACCAACCGCCAAGGUGCUGUGCUACGCGGUGCUGCCCAAUGGGGAGAUGGUUGCUGAUAGCACCAAGCUCCACGUAGGCAAGUGCUUCCCCAACAAGGUGAAGCUGGACUUCUCAGAGAAGAGAGCUCUGGCAGGCUCAAAGCUCCAUUUGAAGGUUCAGGCUGCCCUAGGGUCCCUGUGUGUUGUCCAUGCCAUGCAUCAGAGCAUGCAGUCCUUGAGUCCCAAGACUAGGCUUACCUCUAGCACGCGUGCAGCUUUGAAAAUUGUCACCAACACCAAGAUCAGGAAACCCUGUACAAAACAUAGUCCACUGCGAAGCCAUCGAAGCCUUGCCAUCCCUCCAAACCCACAAGGAUCCCCUGGUGCCCAUCCAGGGGCAUGUGGACAUGUCCUAGCGCCCAGCCCUGAGCAGGACCCAGACCCGCAGAGGAAUUUCCCAGAAACGUGGCUGUGGGAUCUGGUCCCUGUGGGUAAGGGAGGCUCCACAGAAGUGCCGGUCACAGUGCCCGACGCCAUUACGAAGUGGAAAGCCAAGAUGUUCUGCACAGCGGGGCCGGGCUUCGGGCUCUCCCCCACCAUCACUCUCAUGGCCUUCAAGCCCUUCUUUGUGGAGCUGGCACUGCCCUACACCAUAAUUCACAAUGAAGCCUUCACACUCAAGGCCACCGUCUUCAACUACCUGCAGCAGUGCCUGCGGGUGCGGGUGACGCUAGCGGAGUCAGCGCAGCUGGAGCUGUUGGCGAGUGCGGAGGGGACAUACAGCAGCUGCGUGUGCGUGGAUGAAGGGAGGACAUUCCAGUGGGGCGUGAGAGCAACCAGCCUGGGGGAGGUGAAUGUCACCGUCAGCACUGAGGCCCUGCACUCCGAGGAGCUCUGCGGCAAUGAGGAUCCCCUGGUGCCCAUCCAGGGGCAUGUGGACACCAUGAUAAAGCCUUUGCUGGUGCAGCCUGAGGGGAUCCUGGAGGAGAAGGCAUACAGCUCCCUGCUCUGUCAGGAAGGUGACAUCCUGGGUAAUGCACUACAGAACCUGGACCAUCUCCUGGCCAUGCCCUACGGCUGUGGAGAGCAGAACAUGGUCCGCUUCACUCCUAACAUCUACAUCCAGCACUACCUGGAGAAGAGUGGGCAGCUGCGCCCAGACAUCCAGGCCAAGGCUCAGGGCUUCCUGCAGAGCGGGUACAAGCAUGAUGAUGACUCUUACAGUGCCUUUGAGAAGACUGAUCCCAAAGGCAAAACCUGGGUGACAGCUUUUGUCCUCAAGUCCUUUGGCCAGGCCAGAGCCUACAUAGCCAUCACCGAGCAGCACACUGGGAACGCACUGCGCUGGCUGCAGAAGCAGCAGUGGAACACGGGCUGCUUCCAGAGCGUGGGGAAGCUCUUUAACAACACCUUGCAGGGCAGUGUCUCGGAUGCGCUCUCACUGUCAGCUUACGUCAUGGCGGCACUGCUGGAGCUGGGCCUGCCCCCCAUGGACACUGUGGUGGCCCUACAAGCUCUGGCCAAAUAUGCCACCUUGACAUACAGUGGCAACAGGGAGUUGGUGGUGACAGUGAGGUCGACAACAGGUGCUGCACAGGAGUUCCUCCUGGAGAACAGCAACCAGCUGGUGCUGCAGCAAGCAGCCCUGCACAAGCUGCCCGGGCAGUAUGCUGCACAGGCGCAUGGACAGGGCUGCGCCCUGCUGCAGGUGACUGCGCUACAACGUGCCUCCCGCUCUGAGCACAGGCACCUUGAAUCUACACGUGGAGACGGAGCCCAAGGAGAGCACCAGGGACGCCAGCGCCCACUUCAGCCUCGUCCUCUGGGCACGGUGUGCAGCAGGGCUGCGUUCCCAAAGCCCCUUUGCCCACUGUGGCAGGUUACAGGGAGGCUGGGGGCUCCCAGUUCGGGCAGGGAGGCGGGAGCAGCAGGAGGGUGCAUGGUCCCUGCAGGCAGGGAAGGCAGGAAGGCAAACCCCAACCCUGACCCCAGUAUGGGGCUCUGCCCUUGCAGGUACACUGGGGAGCGUCCCGCCACCAAUAUGGCUGUCAUCGAGGCCAAGCUACCGUCCAGCUACAUCCCCGAUAAGGGCUCCAUGACGGAGCUGACAAAGGAGGAGGAGACCUUUGCCUUUUCCAUGAGGCAGGACUUCCCAGCGAGGAACCUCCAACCGGCCACCAUGAGACUGUACGACUGCUGCAAGAUAGGUGACCGCAUGAAUGCUGCAUACUAUGCACCUUGUGGCUCAGGUAGGGGUCAAACUGGGCAGGGCAGAGGGGCAAGCCUCACCAUCGGGACCCCCAGGCAAGGAUAUGCCAUCCCCAAAGGGGCAACCCAAGCUGUGCUGACCCUCUGGAGCCCAGAGGAGGAGGGCAGUGAGCAGUGAUGGAGGAGCCAAGCCAGGAAGGGAACUCCCAGCUAGAUCCAUGGGGAUCUGCUAGCCAGACAUCGGGGUGGGGGGCAGGCUGCAGGGAGCUGGGGGUGCAGAGGUGCUUUGCUCCCUUUGAGGUGGGUGAUGAGACAGACUGCGCUCAGACACUCAGCAGACUUGGCCUCCCUCUUUGCCCUCCCGCAUAGCUUCUCUCCAUGGGUUUGAGGUCACACAGGGAUCCACCAUGCAGGCACAGGCAGAGGAAACCUCAUGGCGGGGGGAACACGUGGCCCUUGGGAAGGGGCAACAGGGGAACAAGGAGGUAAUGGGAUACAGAGCUCCCCGGGACGGCUUUGGAGGGACAGGAGCAGCCAGGGCGGCUGGGGGAUGGCAGAGAGGCUGUUCUUCUCUCCCAGAACACCUAUAUUCAAUUUGGAAGAGGCAGAAGCUCAGAAGGAAAACUUCUAGCGAAGCCUGACCCCGGCAGCUGGUCUUCCCCGCUCGCCCCGAUUCCCUCAGCAGCACUAGCCCUGAAUGACCAGGGCAGCUGACGGUCUCUGCUCCCACCCUGGCCACAGUAUGGUCCUUCCAUAUGGGCAGAAAGCAUCUCAGAAACGCUCACAGCACUGCCAGCGGCUGGCACAGCAUGACAGGGCUCACUCCAGAUCCAGCCCCUUCUCCCCCAGUAGCAGCCAGGGAUGCAAUCCCAUUAACAUGUUUGACUAGGCCCUACUAGGAGCUCAGCAAGGGGUGGUGGGUGAUAGAAGCAGGUCCUGGCUUCGCCAGUGGAGAGGAGCAGCUCCGGUCGCCCUGUCCUGGGCCUGAACAGGUUUACUUAACCACAUCUUUUCUUGGUGUCUUUCUUUUCC